AUGGUUACACCACAGUGUUGCCAUAGAUUCUUCAAGUUCCGUGCACUGUUUCUCAUAACCACUUCCACUUGUGAAUGGCCUAAACUGACCCUUACCGAAAGCCGCACGUACCCUCCACUCCCUCUCUCUCCCUUUCUCUGGACAUUUUGUUUUCAAAAAGAACAAGCAAAACUUAAUCAAAUGGUUGCUAAGGACUAUGAUCCCUUGACAUGCGCGGUUGGUGUGAAAAUGGGUAGAAUAAUGCAGUGUGUUGAUCACUCAAGGCUUUUCUGGCUGUUUUUUGGGAUCUUCUCCCACGUUUACCACGAGGGGAAGCCUCGGAUUUAG